CGACUGUCGAAAGGUGAAACCAACUAGAUGUUAUUGUAAGUAGUUGAACUGCGUUUGUUAAAGAAAAUGGUGAGCGUAAUCCUAUUGAUUGUAUGUGUUACAGUUUGCGUCGCGUCGGACUCGGCGCAGGAUUUUCCGCUCCCGGACAAAAAGUUUGACGACGUUCAAGCAGCGGUGUUUAGCCGAAAAGCGUAUCCGGACCUAGGCGACAUUCCUGUGCUAAACCGCAAGGUUUUCCGUGGGACCCGUGUGCAGGUGGAAGAGCACCCGUACGUGGUGAGCAUCCGUCGGUGGCACGCGCACUACCUCGUCGGGGCCAUCCUGAGUGUGCACACUAUCGUCACCGUGGCUCACCCUUUGUACAACGUCCCGCUGACGGAGCUGGGCGUGGUGACGGGCGAGACGUACUGCGACCGCGGCGCGAACUACCUGACCGUGCUGCUGGCGGUCACGCACCAGGACUUCGACCCCUACACUCUGAAGGCGGACCUUGCGUUGCUGAGGCUUUACGAGGCCAUAUUUCGUAUGACCAAUCAAAAGCCGAUUGCCCUUUUUAAGAAAUUUGAUGAGAGGGAACCAAGAGCUAAAAGCAUGGCGCAUCUACGAAAACAAGGUCCGCAGAAAGCUUUUGUUACCGGCUGGGGCCGCUGUGACUGGAUGGGCACUGAAUUGUGCUUGCCGCGGUCGUCUGUCUACUUUCCGGACGAGAAGCAAGAUCCAAUGUUGCGGACUAUCUCCUUCAAUCACUCUUAUCUUAAUGGAAGCCACUAUUGUGUGGGCUAUGAAAAACAUAUGAUCAGGCCGGAGAGUGGGCAAGGUACGCUGUGCCUCGGGGAUGCGCGCGAGGCGGAGCCGCUGGCGCCGUGCCUGGCGGCGCCGGGCGCGCCGCUCACGGUGCUGGCCACGCUCGUCGGCCUGCAGUCCUGGGGCUUCGGUUGCGGCUACACGCACGACCUGCCCCUCAUCUACACUGACCUGCGAUACUACGACCAGUGGUUAGAAUGGAAUUUAGACAUAUUAGGCCGUCUUAACACGAAUCAAGUAUCAGAGCUGUAUAUUGCUACAAAGGCUUACUUUAUGCAAGAGUGGCUGGUGCAGACGAGCGACCAGCAUUCGGCGCACCCACACCGCCGGGAGGCGCUGCAAGCUGCAGAUAUCGACACUCAGCUGGUUGAGUUGACAGGAAAUAUCACUGAUUUUAGAGAUUAUGCUUAUGGAGGGGUCCUUAGAGAACAAAAAGCAGAGUUGUAUCGAACUCUCAGAGCGGAAUCGGAUGAAAAACGACGGUUAAAGGAAAUAUCUGAAGAUCUUUAUUCAGAAGUGGAACCAUUAAGAUCAUUCCUUAAUAAGAAGUUUUACGGUUUCAUCAAAAACUCAAAUACUACUUCAGUGAACGGAACGAAAAAACGAUAACAUUUAAAUAAAAGAUAAACCAUU